CUGAGGUGUGCCACCAAGUACAACAUUUAUGUUUAUGCUUAUGAUGGAAUUUGCACAAGUAUGCUUAAUUCUUCUUAUGAAGUUGAUACAGUACCAUGCAUACCAGAAGGCAUUCAAGUUUUACUAAGCCCUGCCAAUAAUGAUGUACAAGACGUAGAAGUCUCCUGGAAUAGCAGUCACUGUGCAGAAGACUUUGAAGUAGAUGUAGAGGGACAAAUUGAAAAAGAUCCAUUCUCCUUGUAUAGCUUACGUUCAUAUUGGACAGCCAGAACUUUCUUCCAAUUCCCCGUUCCUUGCAGUUCCACAUACAAAAUUUCUGUCACUGCAAGAAAUCCUACAGGAAUCAGCAGUCCAAGCAAUCCUUCAACUGGUUUCACUGGUAAGUAACAGAAUCACAAAUCAUUAAAAAAAUCACAACUUCCUAAAUAUAAAACAUAGCCAUCACUGGGAAUUAAGUCCUAGCAUUCUACUUUC